CGGACUCACCGCCCCAUGCUGGUGCACACCUACUCCGCCAUGGAGCGCCCCGACGGGCUGGGCGCAGCUGCCGGCGGGGCCCGCCUGUCCUCUCUGCCCCAGGCUGCCUACGGGCCGGCGCCCCAGCUCUGCCACACGCCGGCCGCCGCAGCUGCCGCCGACUUCCAGCCGCCCUACUUCCCGCCGCCCUACCCGCAGCCACCGCUGCCCUACGGUCAGGCGCCCGACGCCGCCGCAGCCUUUCCCCACCAGGCAGGGGACCCGUAUGGCGGCCUGGCGCCCCUGGCGCAGCCGCAGCCUCCUCAGGCCGCCUGGGCCGCUCCCCGCGCAGCCGCCCGCGCCCACGAGGAGCCUCCCGGCCUGCUGGCACCGCCCGCCCGCGCCCUGGGCCUUGACCCGCGCCGUGACUACGCCACCGCCGUGCCCCGGCUCCUGCACGGCCUGGCAGACGCACCGCUCGGCCUUCCGGGGCUGGCGGCGGCCCCCGGUCUGGAGGACCUGCAGGCGAUGGACGAGCCGGGAAUGAGCCUCCUAGACCAGUCCGUGAUCAAGAAAGUGCCCAUCCCCUCCAAAGCCAGCAGCCUCUCAGCCCUCUCCUUGGCCAAAGACAGCCUGGUGGGCGGCAUCACAAAUCCUGGUGAGGUCUUCUGCUCCGUGCCUGGCCGGCUUUCACUGCUCAGCUCAACGUCCAAGUACAAGGUGACGGUGGGGGAGGUGCAGCGGCGACUCUCGCCUCCCGAGUGCCUCAACGCCUCCCUCCUGGGGGGUGUCCUCCGCAGGGCCAAGUCCAAAAAUGGGGGCCGGUGUUUGCGGGAACGGUUAGAGAAGAUUGGGCUCAACCUGCCAGCUGGCCGUCGCAAGGCCGCCAAUGUGACGCUGCUGACUUCGCUAGUGGAAGGAGAGGCCGUGCACCUGGCCCGAGACUUCGGUUAUGUCUGUGAGACGGAGUUCCCAGCCAAGGCAGCCGCCGAGUACCUGUGCCGACAGCACGCUGACCCAGGGGAGCUGCACAGCCGCAAGAGCAUGCUGCUGGCCGCCAAGCAGAUCUGCAAGGAGUUUGCAGACUUGAUGGCUCAGGACCGCUCACCGCUGGGCAACAGACGUCCAGCACUCAUCCUAGAGCCCGGAGUACAGAGCUGCUUGACACACUUUAGCCUCAUCACCCAUGGCUUCGGUGGGCCUGCCAUCUGUGCUGCCCUCACUGCCUUUCAGAACUACUUGCUGGAGUCACUCAAGGGGCUGGACAAGAUGUUUCUAAGCAGUGUGGGCAGUGGGCAUGGUGAAACCAAGGCUUCGAAGGAUGUCAAGCAUCGGAAAUAACUGCUUCUCCCACCCCAUCCCUAAGGGGCUCCCAGGCCCGGAAAUAGGGACUUAGCUCUUGGGGGUGGGCCUGGAAGGACUGAAAGGUGGGAUUAAGUCAGGCCAGAAAGAGAACAUUCAUCCAGAGAUCCCAGAGUUGGGGAUCUGGCUUGGAGUAAGGGAGGGGGCCUCUCUGUGGUGGUGUGUUGGUAAGUUAAGGACCCAAGUAUUUGUCUCAUGUGUGCAAUUUUCUGACCUUUGAUGGUUGAGAAGGUUUGGACAGAAAAUUGACAUGAAAAGAUCUGGCUCAUGGGGCAGAGCCCUUUCCAUUAGCGUGCCUGGGUGGCCGUGGGUGCUUCUAGAGGCCAAAGCCUUUGUGUUUUUCACUGGUGGCAGGAGGAAAAUUGAUAAAUCAGAGGUGCUACUGAGGAGUUGGUGCCCCUCAUUCCAGAAUCUCCUACCCCCAGAAAAGGGGUGCUGGAAGGAGGCCCCAGUGGACUCUUUGUACCCUUCCUACUCUCAGAAAGAAGUGGGCAGGAGGGGUCCUCAAGGAACAAAGAAGAUAAAGCACAAAUUGCAGAACUUGAAUCCAGGCUGCUGCUCAUCACAGUCCCGUUGCUGUCUGUCCCAUUUAUUUAUGUAUGUUGUGAUUAAAUUUGAAAUUUUAAAAUGUCCAGUGCAACUUAU